CGGCGUGGUACAUGUCCGCACCCCCGAUCACCUCCACCUGGACACAGGGAAGGCGAGGGAAGGGAAGGAGUCACAUGGAGUAGGGGCCAUGCACCUUCCCACCUUCCACCACAGCAGAAAGGAACAAGAGCUUCUUCAGGUCUUGUUGGAGUUCCUGCCUAAGGUUCAGCUUUCUGCCGCUCAGAGCAUAUGUGGCACAGUAGAAGGAAAUGGACCAAAAUGAACUGGAGAGGCAGUAUUCCCCUAGUCAGUGGUCGCACAGGAUGACAGCUGAUGAUGUGAUAAAGGCCCAUGUGGCAUUUGUCAAAGAAGGUACACAGAGGGCUUGUAAUGUGGCUAAAACCAUGCUGGAUGUGCCAUAUGGAAAGGGAGAUGGGGAGAAGAUGGACAUCUACCUGCCCACCACUGGCCCCUCUCAAGGUAUUCCCUUAAUUGUUUAUAUUCAUGGAGGUUACUGGCAGUUUUUCAGCAAAGAGGAGUCAGGUUUCAUUGCAGUGCCUCUGGUACAGAAGGGCGUGGCCGUGGCUGCUGUAGAUUAUGACAUCGCCCCUAACGGUAAUAUGGAUUUGAUGGUAUCUCAGGUGCGGCGUAGCAUUGUGUCCAUUGUUCAGCAGUAUUCCCACAUCAGUGGAGUAUACCUGUGUGGGCACUCUGCAGGAGCUCACCUGGCUGCUAUGGUCCUCUGUACCGAUUGGUCCCAGCACGGCAUUACACCUCAGAUCAAAGGUGCUUUCCUCGUCAGUGGCAUUUACGAUCUUCUUCCCAUCCUCUCCACCUACGUCAACGAACCCCUGAAGAUGACCGAGGAAGUGGCUCUGAGGAAUAGCCCCAGCAGGCUAGUCCCCGAGUUGAAGCGGUCAUCCUCUGCUUGUCACAUUGUGGUUGCUGUGGGGCAGCAUGACUCUCCAGAGUUCUGGAAGCAGUCCGAUAACUUUUUCAAGGCUUUGAAGUCCUCUGGACUAAAGGUGACCUUUGAGGAUGUUCCCAAUAAGGAUCACUUCGAUAUCAUUGAGCAGCUUGUGGAUGAGGACUAUCACCUUACACAGCUCCUGCUCAAGAUGAUAAAGGAAAACUGAAGUGGUCUCACCCUCAUGUGACCGCACAUUUUCAGUUUUUUUCCCCACAAAAAUAUUAGGCAGAUAAUGAUGAUCAAGAUGCAGGCCAUUCUGUGCAUCUUUAUUGCUUAUAAACAGGAGGUUAUUGGCUUUACUUGCUGAUUGAAUAAGAGAGAGGCAAUAGAAAUGGAAAAUUCAGGUCCAGGUAGUAAAAGUCCUCCUCAGUGUUUUGUUCCAAUCACCUGAAUUUGCUAAUUAGCACUAUUCUUCAGCCAGGAGGAAUAAAUGAUUAAUUAAUUCAGUUGACUGAGUUCAUUGGUGGAAGAGACACAUGGCAAGACUGUUACAUUUGAACACCUGGACUUUGCAUAUCUGCACAAUAUCAUAAUAUUUGGUAUCAUGAUCUAAUAUUACUGUGACAUAUGAAAAUGUGUUAAAAGCAAUCAAUAAAUAAAAUACUUGUGCUGAGAAUACCACAAAAAUCUGCAGACACUGUGCCCCCCUUGGGACUCUGUUUGACACCCCUGUUUUAGAGUAUCAUAACGAAGAUAUCCUAUUCACAACCUUUGUGACAUGAUGCAUCAGAAAUAAGAAUGUACAUAAAUGAAUAAAUC